AUGACAGAGAAUAAAAGCUUUUGAAAUUUGAUGCUCUGCCACAAACCAGGAAUUAUUGAGGGUUAUUUUUGCUUCAAUGUGACUUUGCAAUGCAAUGAAACAACCAAAACUUUAGAUUUAUAUUGAAAUACAUUUUAUCCAGAUGAAUCCCAAGAGCUUCAGGGAUAAAGAAACUGUUUGCUCAAGACUUCUUAUGAGAGAGGCCUUUUCAGUUAUUAAACUCAGCUUUUAAAUGAAGGAUCUUCAUGACCUGGAUGACUGAGAAUCUACAGAGAUAUUUCAAUAAACUUUAAUAUGAAAAAUAAUGCUUUGACAUUUAAAAGGAAUCAGUAGUAGUAUUUUUUUGCAGCAUGAAACUAAAAACACUAUUUUCCAAUGAAAUCCUGAGACAUAUGUAAUGUUUGUAUGUGUUUAUUUGUCUCUUUGUCUGUUUGUGGGUGACAGUCUAAUUGGAUAAGAAGAGAUGUGAUGAAACCGCUGUUGAGCUCUGAAGCUUGUAGGUUAAACAACGAGCUGGUGUUUGACAUAAAAGAUGUUAGUACAAGUGCAAAAACAACCGCAUACUGUUUAUUCAUCUAUCCAGAACAUGUGCUAAGAUUUAUACAGAAUGAACAAGAUAAUAGAAUAAGCUGUAGGUUGUAGAUGUCUUUGGUAAAUAAUAUUUAGGAUGCAAGAUAUAAAUAAACACAGAAUCAACAGUGUGGUGGUGUUGGGGUGGGUGUUAAUUCAAAGCGUGUUUUUAUGAAAGUAAAAUGUAGCAUUAUUAGCAGUUUCUUGGCUGUAGUUGAUAUGCGAAAUGUGAUUUAACUAUAGGGCUUGCUUAAGGACAGUUUCCGAUUGAGGCUUUUAUUGUGGAAAGCGAACCAUAACUUCCACGUCUGUAUUGUCGUUAACUUGACGGGUGAGUUAUUUCCACCUGGAGGCAGCGCAGCAUCCCAGAGUGAGUCUCUGGAAAGCGCCACGUUUGGACUCUAAAGCCGCCAACAUGAUCUGUGUCCACAUCAGACGGAUGUUUCUGGCUCUGUGUUUGGCUCCAGCUGCUCUGUCGAGUCUGCACCCUGAAUGCGAAUACAUAUUUCAGCUGGAGAAAGAGGAACGUCGCUGCCUUCAGUACAUUUCUGAGCAAGGAAACAGAAGCACAGGUUGUCAUCCAUUCUGGGAUGCAGUCAGCUGCUGGCCUCAUGCGGUCACCGGAGAAACCAUCCACAGAGCUUGUCCUGCCGUCUUUUCCCUCUUCAAAAACAACACAGGGUCAGUGAGCAGAAACUGCACCACUGGAGGCUGGUCGAGGCCCUUCCCGCCGUACCAUAUCGCGUGCAACGUGGAUGAUGACAUUCCUGAGACAGAAGAGUCAUACUUUGCAACAGUAAAGGUGAUAUAUACCAUCGGCUACAGCAUCUCUUUAGUGGUUCUGGCUGUUGCUGUGCUGAUCUUGUUGCUCUUCAGAAAACUGCGCUGCGCAAGAAACUUGAUUCACAUCCAGCUGUUUGUUACCUUCAUCCUGAAAUCUGUGGCGGUGUUUAUAAAGGACGCUACUCUGUUCUCCAGCGAUGACACCAACCACUGCACCCUCUCCACAUUUGCCUGUAAGGUCUCUGUGGUCUUCUGUCACUACUGUGUAAUGGCAAAUUUUUUCUGGCUCCUGGUGGAGGCGCUCUACCUCAAUUCCCUGCUGCUCUCCUCUUUCUAUCACAGCCGCAGAUGCCUCUGGGGCUUCAGCCUGCUGGGAUGGGGUGUCCCUGUGCUCUUUAUAGUCCUGUGGAUUGGAUCCAGAGUGUACUUUGAGGACACAGAAUGUUGGGACAUCAACGAGGACUCGCCCUAUUGGUGGAUCAUCAAAGGACCGAUUGUCGUCUCAAUAGCGGUCAAUUUUAUGCUUUUCAUUAAUAUCAUCAGAAUCCUGAUACAGAAGCUCAAUCCUCGGCUGAUCCAGUUCAAUAACUCCUCUCAGUACAGACGCCUCACUAAGUCCACCCUCCUGCUCAUCCCUUUGUUUGGCACUCACUACAUGUUCUUCAAUUUUCUGCCUGACUACUUCAAUGUUAACCUGCGUCUCUGCAUCGAGCUCUGCAUGGGAUCCUUCCAGGGUCUUCUGGUGGCGAUCCUCUACUGCUUUCUCAAUCAAGAGGUCAGUAAAAGACGCACCUCUCUCAGGCGUCUCACAAGGUGCAGAAAGAAGUCCACAUGCAGUGGUUCCGGUGGCAGGAGAGGAGUUAUGGUGUCGUGUCUCCGGCUGCAAAGGGCAGCCAGAUGGAUACGCCCUUCUAGAGGCCCGACAAGCCUUCACCAUCUUCCUGAAGGAACUUUGGAAACUUUCACAGAGAAUUUCUUCUGCACACGUCAUCUUCUUUAACGAGCCGUACAACAAACACGAUAAGGUUGUCGAACGCGCAAGUCAUCCCAACCUGCAUGACGACUGACACGCUGUCAGCCAGAAUGGAGGAACUGAAGUUAACGCUUCAAAGGAGAAUAACUCUGAACCCGCUUGACAUUUUAUUCCUCCUACAUGACAGCUCCUGCCAGUUUUUAUAUGCAUUUCCCAAAGUGGCAACACAUUUAAAAAGAUCAGAUUUCAGAUUUCCUUGUAGCCAUUAUCGGUGAAAUUAAAGAAUGAUCAUUUAGAUGAGCUGAAUAAUUACAUGACCAUCAAUUAGCAAGUAAAAUGCAUCAUCAGGUUUUCCUUUUCAACCAACGAAACUACAUAUUAUCGUGUCGCAUUUGCAUUUUAAUGCACUCAUUAUGCAGAUGCAAGGAAUUUGAUGGCGUUUGUCACCAGUGCUGUCGUCUAAUCGGCUGAACAUGUGACUGUUUCUCAAGUGACUCCACUCUGGUCACCCGAAUGACCAGAAAAUGGCUCUUUUUUUCAUUUUGUUCCUAUUAUUUAUUUGUAUUAUAAUAUUAUGUUUUAGAAUUUAGAGUAUGUGUUGAUAGUUCAGCACACAGGGGGGUUCAUUGUAGAUAUGUUGAAGCAUUUUUCGUGGACUUUUAACUUGUACAGAAGCUAUUAGAAUUAGUGUUUAUUUGCUUUUAAGCCUCAAAUGCAGAUUACUGAACCAACCCCACUAUGCUGUAUACUGUGAAGGUUAAAGCCCACUCUGCAUUUCACUGCCAACUGCUCUUUAGCACAGGAGUAGAAAACAAGUCCUAAUCCUAGUGAUAGUGUCAUAUUAUUGUUUAAGUAUAAAUGCUAUAACAGUACUUGAUGUAACAGUUCCAUCGAGAUUAAAGGCUUCAUAAUGACACAAAAUUAUUGUUUAGCUCUGGACCAAUAUGUGAAUUCAUUGCUCACCUUAAGCUGAAUGUAUCAACUCUUGCUAGGCAGCUUGUCCCUGUAGCUGCUUUCAGGCGUUGCCGCUUUAUUUGUGCCUCUUUCUGUGACGUUUUAGUACCUUGUAAAGUAUCAGGCUCCUGCAAAUUAAAGCAUAAACAUAU